CGUAAUAUUUAUAAAGGAUGGAUUACUCAGACAAAAAGGCCUUAUGAAAAUAUGAAUGGGACAAUUAUCUCAUUUUCUUAUUUGGAUUGCUUAGGUGUAAAUUAUAUUUGCACGUAAGCAUCAUAUUGGCGAGUCAUGAGCUCCACGGCACGAGGCGAGCACGAGAGGGAGUGUGUGCCGCAGACGCCACCGCCGAUUCCCGUGUCAACCCCUUCCUAUGUUGUUCCCCGCUUCCUGUUAGCCGAUGCUCGCCACACGCCGCCACCCUUUUUUCAUCUCCCUUUCUCAUCGUCUUCGUCAACUCACUAUCCCGUUUCAAGACAGAAAAUUUAACAAGAACAGCCCUCAAAAGUUUUCUAUGCAGGCUACAUUUCUGGAAGAACAACAAUAAAAAAGAUUUUAAGAAAGAGGCUUCUGGCUGGCAAGUUGAAUCUGAUAAGCCUUUUGGUGAAUCAUGGAUUCAGAUAGUCCCGCUGCUCCAGUGAUAGAAGACGACAACGACAACACUCCUUCAGAUAGAGUGCUAAGCAGGGAUGAUCCUACUAAAAAGAAGUGCAGGAAAGUUCCAAAAAGAGUUCACAAGGCAGAGAGAGAGAAGAUGAAGCGUGAUCAUUUGAAUGAUCUCUUUCUUUCUUUGGCUAAUGCUCUUGAACUUUCAGAACAAGUGAACGGGAAGGCAUCAAUAUUAGCUGAGACCACUCGAAAUGUGAAGGACUUGUUAGCUCAAAUCGAGCAGCUAAGAAGAGAAAAUGCAGCUUUGUUGUCAGAAUCCCAAUAUGUGAGCGUGGAGAAAACAGAACUGGAGGAGGAGAACUCUGCUCUCAAAUUAAGAAUCAGCGAGCUUCGAAGGGAGAUAAAUGAUAGGGCAGCAGAAUCAAAUCUUGAUCUGAACAUAGCACCCCCAGAGUGUGAGGAGCACCAAAAGGCACAAAUGGUGAUGAACCCGGUUUAUAUUUACCCCAUCGCUCCUAGCGUGGGACCCACCUCUGCCCCACACACUGCUGCCGGAGUGAGUAAACCCUUGGCCAGAUAUGCGUCUCCAGCGGAUGAAGCAUGGUCGGCUCAGAUCCUCGGCGAACGCCCUCGGGUGUUAGGGGAGGAACUUCAGGUUGGUGGGGAGAAGAGUGGUUUCGCCGUCUUGUAAGGACUUAGGGGGUAUUAUUAACUACAGCAGCAGCAUAGAUGCAUUUUGAUUUCAUCACUGGCUCUUCUGCUGUAAUAUUUGAAUCUCAGAUCAAACAAAUCGAUGCUUUGUGUAUAUGUUGGCUUGUGUUUUCGCCGGACACCCUUAAUUCUUACAAGUCAUCCACUAAUCACUUUUGGUCCCAAAUUAAUGGUGACUAGUUAG